AUGUUCAUUCUGACCAAAAUCUCGGACCUGGUGCAGAUCGCGCCCGAGGACUUUUCAAAACACAGCAUAGUCGCCAUUGAAGACAACAUCAAUGCCAAGUACGCCAACAAGGUCAUACAGAAGAUUGGGCUGUGCAUUUGCCUCUACGAUAUCCUCUGGUCGUCGGAAGGCUUGAUAGGUCAUGGGACGGGGCUAGUCAACGUGAAUGUCGAGUUCCGCAUCGUGGUGUUUCGCCCGUUCAAGGGCGAAGUCAUGCUCGGCAGGAUACGGAGCUCUACGCCUGCAGGCAUCAACUUGAGGACGGACUUUUUCGACGAUAUUUUUGUUCCCUUUGAGGAGUUGCCGCAGGGUGCGGAAUACAAUCACAACGAGCAGCUUUGGAUCUGGAACCUCGAAGAUGACCGGCUGUUCUACGAUAACCACGAGAUGGUCCGGUUCCAGGUCAUCGACGAAGAGUGGCAUGACCAGACGCCCGCUGGGCCGACGCAGAGCGAAGACGCUCCAGCCAAGACGCCUUACAGGAUCAAGGGCAGCAUGGCCCGUGAGGGCCUUGGUGCGUGUCUGUGGUGGGACGGCGCUUAA